AUGAAAUAAGGCUAGAUGAUAUAAGGAUAAAAUCAAUAAAAUUUAGAUAGUUAGAACAAAGUUAUGAAUUUAAAUUAAUAAAACUAAGAAGUAAAUACAUUUCUACAUCUUUAAUAAUUUGACAUUAAUCUACUCAAGCAAACUUUAAAUGCAUCUUCUAUAAAAAACAAAAUGGAAUAUUAAUGGUAAGAAAAUGAAGAAAAUUAUGCAAGUGCAAGGGAUUUCACUGAAGUUAAUUGCACAAACUAGUGCAUGAAUAUAAGCUAAUUAGAUUAUAUUCUCUUAAAAAAUGAAAGACACAAACAAAGUAGCCUUCAACCAUUAAAUUCUACCAUUCUCCCAAAAAUUAAUUUAUGUGAGAAGUAGAAAGAAAAUACAAGUAUGGAAAGCAUUAUAAGAUAACCCAAUCUAAAUUUAUCAAAAUAGAUAAGCAGAACCUCUCUUCUUUAAAAAAGACCUAGUAAAGCGUUAAAUGUCACAAAUCUAGAGCCUAAAGAAAACGAAGGCACAAUAUAAGGUUCAGGACUUUGUAAAUAAAAUACAAUUAAUAAAACUAUAAAUCAAUGCAGAAGAAGCAGCAGGAUGCAAGUAGAACAAUUUUAAAAUACUUUAUUAAAAAUGAUUUAAGAUAAAACUAGCAACUAACAAGAAUAAAAGCAGAAAAUGCUUGAUAUUCCUGAUUAAAAUGAGACGCUAUAAACAUAAGAAUUAGAAAAAAGCCAAAUUAAAAAUUAAAUAGGAGAAGAAUAGACAUGUAAAUUAGAUAAAUUUUAAAAGUUAAAAAAGUAAGAUGAAAAGUUUAAAAAUGCAUUUGUUUCUCGCUUGGGUAUUUUCUAAAGAUUUGUAAGUAAUAUAAAGAAUUUGUCUCAGUCUUAUAAAUUUAGAAUUAUGAAAGCAGAAUAAAAAGUAAGAUUUAAUGAUUUAUCUUUCUACUAACAAAAAAUAAAAGAAAUGGGAAAUUAAAACUUUAAAUUAGUUGUUUUAAUAACUUUUAUAGCUCAACUAUUUAUUCUUCCAUUGGCUGACUCGUUUGAUGUUAGUUAUUUAAAAUAAGGAGGGUGUUUAGUGGCGUUUUAUUAUGUUCCAGCUAUCACUUUCACAGUUUCUAUGAUUGCCAAACUAAAUACUGGUUUUUUUAAAGAAAAUAUAGCUGUCCAUGAUAGGAAAAAAAUUUUUUUGAAUUAUUACAAAAGUGGAGGACUUGUUAUUGAUUUUUUUACUGUUCUUUCUUUUUUAGCAACAUAAAACUUUUAUCACUAUGCUUUUUUACUACUCAAGAUUUAUUAAAUUUAGAAUUCAAUUAUAAAAGUAGAUACAAAAUUUUCAUUAUCUUAGAGGUUUCCUUUAAGUUUUUAAAUUUUUAAGCUUAUUUUUCUAGUAAUGGUACUUGCGCAUUUGAAUGGUUGCAUUUUUCACUAAGUUGCUAAAAAUGUUGAUGAAAGCUGGGUAACAAAAAAUAAUUUAAAGACUGCUGACUGGUAUGAGCUAUAUAUUAAUAGCGUAUAUUUUUCUUUCAUCACUAUGGUAACUGUUGGAUACGGAGAUAUUACACCAGUUUCUAUUUAAGAGAAAGUUUUUGUUAUUUUUAUGGUUGUUUACAGCUGCGGAUUUUUUGGGUAUAUUGUAAGCAGCAUAGGCAAUAUUUUUACUUAGAGAGCUCAAAUAUAAGCAAAUUACAAGAGAUAAUUAGUCGAUAUGAUUUAAUAUAUGAGAACAAGAAAUAUUAAUUAGGUGAUCUAAUAGUAAGUCUUUCAAUAUUUACAUUACUUAGAGUAGAUGGAUUAUUACAACCAUUAAAAAGGAGAAGAAAUAGUCAAAAAGCUUUCACCUUACCUCUAAUAACAAAUUAAUAUAAACUCAUAUUAUCCUUUUCUUAAAAGCUCUAAUUACUUUAAACUGAACUUCAAGGACUCUACUUUAAUAAAUGCUUCUCUCAAAAUGAAAGAACUUACUUUUGGUCCUGGAUAAAUAAUAUAUAAGCAAAAUGAUUAAGACAACAGAUUAUUUUAUAUUAUAAAAGGAGAAGUGCAGUUAAUUAGCAACAACCAUCAAAUUUGCAUCAAAGAUGAGAGUGACAAUUGCUUUGGGGUAAAUGAAUUUUUUACAGGAGAGUGUCAAAAUUUAGAAGCUAAAAGCUUAACUGUUUCUUAAAUUUUAUAUUUAGAGUUAAAUGAGUUCAAAUAAGUCUUAAAAGAAGACCCUUUGGAAUAUGAAAAAUUUUGUUCACUUAAAGAUUAAGUUACCUUCAGUAAGAUCUCGGUUGAUUAGCCAUGCUUUUUUUGCGAUAAAUUUAGUCAUAGAUACGGCUAAUGCCCUUUUUUCACUUUGAAAAAUAAAAGAUUAUUAGUUAUUGAAAGAAGUAAUAGAAGCGUUAGCUAAGAAAGAAAAUAAUUUGUGAGACAUGACCGUUUUAAGUUUAGCAGCAUUUUGGAAAAUGCAGAAGUUAAAUUAAAUUUAAGAGCUGUAAGGCUAAAUUAUAUCAAUAAAUUAGCUAUCGAUAAAAAUGAUAUGAUUCAGCUUGCGCAAGAUACUAUUCAAAUUGAAAAUGAUGUAGAUUUUUAUAGGUACAAUGAUGCUUUCUAAUUAAAAUAAAGCAAAGAAGGAUAAGACUUUAAUAUAAUUUUAGUUAGUUCUGAUAAAAUAGCAGAUGAGUUUUUUUUAGAAGAAGAAAAGUUAGAAAAUAGCGAAGAUGGUUAAGAAACAUUAAGCCCUCUAAUUAAUUCUUAAAAGAAAGUAGCAACAAGCUAAACAAUAGCAACAGAAAGUUUGAUAGAAGAAAAUAAAAAUCAACUUUAGCCUACAUUUUAAAACUCUCAAAAUCAGCAUAGGAAAUCAAAUCUUUUUUUACAAAAUGCAUUUUAUACCACAAGCAGUAGUAAUUUAAAUAUAUAAAAUAAUGAGAAACUCCACCCAUAUAUAAAGGAGUAAUCUUCAAUGAUAAAUCAUAGAAUUUAAAACCACACUAGAAAAUAAUCUUUAAGAAAAAAUUCAGAUGUUUCUAUAUCCAACUAUUAAAUUAAAAAUGUAGAGGAAUCUUCUUCAGGAGCAUAAGAUUAAAGUUUGUUAAAACAAAUAAUAAAAUUUAUUGAGCUUACUCAAAUCAAAUAAGAAGCUGAAAAUAAGCAGAAAGUUUCAUAUAAUAUUUUAAAAGAUGAAUUUUUUUGCAUUAAUGAUUUUGAUUAAUUAUAAGAAUUUACUAGAUACUUUCCAAAAAGCAAUUUUAGUUAGGUUUUAGGAUAAAUAAGUAAAAUAAAUUUAAAAAAGCAAAAAGCAUCUUUAAAAAAGGCAAAGAGAAGCUCAAAUAAAACAUGGAAUAAAGCCUUUAAAAAUUUAGAUCUUAAGAAAAGAAGUGUUUUAUCAAAGAUAAAUACAUACAAGACUAUGUCUAAUAUGCGUAAAAUAUCAUAAGACAAAAUUCUUGCUAUUACUAAAUCAUAAAAUGAUAAUUAGUCCAAUACUGAUAGUUUGAGUAAUGUUCUGUCUUAUAGAUCUUAAGAAAUGCAAGACUUUAAUAUUGAUCAAAAAAGUUAAAAUAAUUUUUUGCAAAGUUAAUAAUUAAUUAAUGUAAGAUCAAGCUUCUUAAAACCUUUGCAGUGA